CUCUUCUGCAAACAAAUCAAACACUACAACGAUUGCAUUUCUUUAUACUUCUCACAAAUUACAAUGCAGAAGAGUCCUUCAGCUUCUUCCCUUGGUCCUGGUGGCCUUGACAUAUCUCAGGUAUUCUUCAAGACCAUCCACAACACCGCUCCUCCUUCCCCAACAAAACGCCACACCAAGAUCUCAGUCAUUGGCGCUGGCAAUGUUGGAAUGGCUAUAGCCCAAACCAUCCUCACCCAAGACUUGGCAGACGAGCUUGCUCUCGUUGAUGCCAACCCCGAAAAGCUCCGUGGUGAGAUGCUUGAUCUCCAACAUGCUGCUGCUUUCCUCCCUCGAACCAAAAUCUUGGCUUCUACUGAUUACUCCGUCACUGUUGGAUCCGACCUUUGUAUUGUCUCUGCUGGAGCCCGCCAGAUUGCGGGUGAGUCUAGGCUGAACUUGUUGCAGAGGAAUGUAGCUCUGUUUAAGAUGAUCAUACCUCCGCUUGCUAAGUUCUCGCCUGAUUCUAUUUUGAUGAUUGUUUCUAACCCUGUUGAUGUUUUAACGUACAUCGCAUGGAAGCUCUCUGGAUUCCCUUCAAACCGAGUCAUUGGCUCAGGCACCAACUUGGACAGUUCAAGGUUUCGGUUCUUGAUCGCUGAUCAUCUCGAUGUCAACGCUCAGGAUGUGCAGGCCUACAUUGUUGGAGAGCACGGUGAUAGCUCAGUGGCAUUAUGGUCAAGCAUAAGUGUCGGAGGGGUACCAAUAUUAAGCUUCUUAGAGAAACAACAAAUUGCGUAUGAGCAAGAGACGCUAGAGAACAUUCACAAAGCAGUUGUACACAGUGCAUAUGAAGUGAUAAGUCUGAAGGGCUACACAUCUUGGGCAAUUGGGUACUCUGCUGCUAACUUGGCUCGCUCUAUACUUAGAGACCAGAGGAAGAUCCACCCUGUUUCAGUCCUUGCUAAGGGAUUUUAUGGUAUUGACGGUGGGGAUGUGUUCUUGAGCUUGCCGGCGCAGCUGGCAAGAGGCGGAGUCUUGGGCGUCACUAACGUGCAUUUGACGGAAGAAGAGGCAAAGCGACUUAGGGAAUCGGCUAAGACUCUCCUAGAAGUGCAAAGUCAGUUGGUAAUAUGAUCGAGGGAUCUAUCAAUUUCACAUUAAAAUGUUAAUCUGUUGCGUUUUCUAUAUACACAAAGUUCUCCUUGAACUUCUCAUCACUAUAUACUUAUAAAAGGCCUACUUCUUGUUCCA